AGCCCGGCCCAGUGUGCGUGAGCUCCCUGAAGCCCGGCGGGCAUGUCGACACUGCCCUCGACGCGCUGCCGAUGAGGCCCUUGGAGCUGCUGCUGACCGUGACCGCCUCGGCGGUGGCAGGCUUCGCAGAUGAUGGCUGGCUUCAGCAGGCGUUCGAUUCGCCGCAUUUCGACACCACCACGCCCCGAAACGUUACAGCUCUGCAGGGAAAAACAGCACACCUUCACUGCAAAGUGAAACGCCUCAACAAUAAAACGGUGUCGUGGAUCCGCAGCAGGGACCUGCACAUCCUUACGGCCGGCACCGACACCUACACCAACGACGCCCGCUUUCAGGUGGCCCGCGACGCGGCGCGCAACGACUGGACGCUCAUGAUCAAGUUCGCGCAGCCGACCGACUCUGGCCUGUACGAGUGCCAGAUCUCGAGCCAGCCGCUCAUCUCGUACCCGGUCCGGCUGCGUGUGGUCGUGCCCGAGUCGCGAGUGCUGGGCGGCUCCGACAUGUACAUCAACCGCGGCAGCCUGCUCAACCUCACCUGUCUGGUGACCAACUCGCCAGAGCCGCCCGAGUACAUCUUCUGGUACCACGGCGGUCAGGUCAUCAGCUACGACUCGCCGCGUGGCGGGGUCAACGUGGUGACCGAGAAGGGUGAGGUCACCACGUCCCACCUGCUGAUCCGCCGGGCCGGCCCAGCCGACUCUGGCGUCUACAGUUGCAGCCCGUCCAACGCACAGGUCGCCAGCAUCAUCGUGCACGUGCUGAAAGGCGAAACGCCUGCGGCGAUGCACACGUCCGGAGGCGGCGCGGAGCUGCCGCCGCCCGCUGCCGCCGCCGCCCUCAUGCUGGUGCUGCUGUGGCAGUUCGGCACGUGAAGGGACAGCCGCGGGACGCUGGCGCGGCGCCAGCGCCGCUCAGCGGCGGGUCAGCGCUGAGGCAGCGGCCCGCCCUUGGGAUCGCUGCGGAGGUCGGACGGUCUCGGGCGUUGUCGAGAGGUCGGCGGGCUCGCAGGGCCUGCUGGGAGAUUGGCGAACUCGCAGGGUCUUCUGGAGAGAUUGGUAAGUCCGCAAGGCCUGCUGGAGAGGUCGGCAGCCCAGCAGGGACGGCUGGAGAGAUCGGCGGCCUAGCAGGGACGGCUGAGAGAUCGGCGGCUUCGCAGGGACGGCUGAGAGAUCGGCGGCUUCGCAGGGCCGGCUGGAGAGAUCAGCGGCCUUGCAGAGACGGCUGGAGAGAUCGGCGGGCGGCCCGCCCAAGCUGGAGUUCAGCUCUUUGCCUGCGACCAGUGCUGAGGCACGACAGCCACGAUCUGUCUUCGGCUAGGUCGAGCGGACGCCAGGGGACGCAACUGCGGAAGUGCUCGCUCAACGGCGCCGCAAGCCCGUCGAUGAGUGCGCGAGGCGCGUGCCUGACGGCAUGACGGCGUCACACGGCGUGAUGGGACGUCACGGCCGGCUGUGUCGUGCCUGUUAGCGCGGGCAACAGAAUGUGCUACGGCCCGACUCCAAGUGACUAACUUCAAGCGACUGCCAAGCAAAAUGUGUCGUGUCCAGAGACACCUGCCGUUGGAGUCGGUCGAAGUCAAAAGUGCAAAAUAUCGCCAGCUCUUUAGGCAUUUGAUAUGACACUCGUACCGGCGUGGUGCAUUGUUUGCUCUGUGUUUUUAGCUUUGGGAGCAGUCUGUCUCACUUUGGGUUUAGCUCCCCAGGUGAACUUGUUCUUGCUCGUGUGUACGUCACAAAAAACCUUGUUUGCUCUCCGUCGUAAACACAGGCAGCGUGGCGAGAAAGAUGAAUGAUCUAUGCAUGAACUGGCUGCGGUUCAUAAGGGCUGAGGCCGACAAUCGCCGGUAUACAGACUAUCUUUUUAACAGGGCUGUUUUAGCUAUUGGGGUCAUCUGGGGGUAAACAACACAGCUGACCUGACAUGACAGUGUUGAAACGGUGUGCGUGCAUUGAAUGUCGUCUGCUGCACGCGCAUCAUGAAACUUUGCCAAUAUACCAAUC